AUGGACGUCUUUGCCAGGGCGGUGGCCGGUGAUGGGGAUGGCGCCUUUGGCCCCGUGCUCAAAGGCUUCUUCGACUUUACCUUGUCCUUUGAGCACUCUAUUCUCUCAAUCCUGCCAACAUCCGUUUUCAUCGCCGUCACGCCAAUUCACGUAAAUCACCUAUGGCGCCGCCAGCCGUGCGUCAAGCCAGGCAUCCUGCUGUGGCUGAAGAUGCUCAGCACCCUGUUGCUGCUCUCCUGCCAGGUUGCCAGCCUUGCGCUCUGGGCCGUCUCUUCCGUUCCCCGACAUGAUUUGGCUGUCGCCUCCGCCGCCAUCGCCUGUGUUGGCUCUAUAUGCGUCUUCUUUCUCCUAUACGCCGAGCAUAUCUACUCCUACCGACCGUCGACACUAAUCAGCAUCUAUCUAACCCUCAUGGUCCUGUUUGACAUUUGCAAGACAAGAUCCUAUUUUCUUCGUGCUGACCUCAAUGCCCUUGCUGGCCUCUCUGUCGCCGUCGUCGUCACGGAAUUCGUCCUGCUCCUACUCCAAGAAGUUUCGAAACGCCGUCUCGUCACAACUCGAGAUUCUCAACCCCGGCUUAGCGGUGAAGCCCUCAGCGGCUUCUGGGGCCGAGCUCUCUUCCUCUGGGUCAACACGACCCUCAAACUGGGGUUUCGUUCUAUUUUACGUGUUGAAGACCUCAAGGACCUUGGGCCUGAAUUUAGCUCCGAACGCCUUCAUGCCGAUUUCGAGCCCCACUGGCAAGCCGCGAGCCCGACCUCGAAUCACUCUCUGGCCAUCGCCCUUCUUCGCACACUCUACGGCGAGUUUCUACGAGUGGUCGUCCCCCGUAUUUGCUUCCUCGGCUUCACAUUCUCUCAACCAUGGCUCAUCAUGAGCAUAAUCGAUACCGUCGUCCGUGCUAGGCCCAGCUCCGAAGUCACUGGUGGUCUCGUCGGUGCCACGGCUUUGGUAUACAUUGGCAUUGCUAUAAGCAGAGGAUACUACAAGCAUCAUGCAUAUCGAUCAGCCACGUUGACUCGCGGUAUACUUGUCACUGCCAUUCUGCACAAGGCACUCAAGCUUACUCACACCCAACUCAAAAAGUCGGCUGCACUGACUCUCAUGACCGCCGAUAUCGAAACCUUGACUUUUACUGUCACAACCUUCCAUGACCUAUGGGCUAGUGUUUUCGAGCUGGGUCUUGCCAUCUUCAUGUUGGCAGAGAUCAUCGGCGGCGCGUGCUUCUUUGUUCUCAUUCCUGCGGUUCUCUCCGCCCUUGUCUCUUCCUACUACACCAAGAAGCUAGGCGUCGCUCGGAGAACCUGGAACGAGAAGAUUGAAAAACGAGUUGGUGAGACCAAGGAUGUCAUUACCCAACUCAAAGCCAUCAAGAUGAGCGGUCUUGGCCCCUUCUUUUCUGAUCACAUUACGACCCUUCGCGAAGACGAAAUCAAGACGUCGCUCCCCGAGCGCAGUGUCCGUGUUGGUUUGCUCUCUGCCGGCGCCUUGUCCGAAUCCGUUACCCCUGUUCUUGUUGUCGCGGGAGCUCUUUUCUGGACCAGACAAACCGAGAAGCUCACCGCUGCGCAGUUCUUUACAGUCUUGUCCCUCGUCGCCGUCGUCGUUGGUCCAAUGACGCAUCUUCUUACAUACCUGCCUUUCGCUGUUGGUGGCUACGCUGGACUGACCCGUAUCCAAGCAUUCCUGCGCCUGGAAGAACGCCUAGAUACUCGACAAAGCGGCAAUGGGCCAGCGGAAGGCUCUCCCAUCGAUAUGAUGAUGGUCCAGGCCGAGAAUCUUAGAAGGGCCCGCGAGACAGCCGAGAAAGGGCCAAGUCCAUUUGCUCUUGAGCUCGUCCAUGUCACCAUUAAUCGACUUGAGAAUGUCAUGGUCCCCCUUUUAGACAACGUCAGCAUCCAAUUCCGGACAGGACAUAUUUCCAUGAUUGUUGGACCUGUCGGUGCCGGCAAGUCCACCCUGUGCAAGGCCAUCCUGGGCGAGCAGAAGCUUGAUCGCGGAUUCGUUCUCAUGGGAGGCACUCGUGUUGCUUACUGCGACCAGUCACCCUGGCUCCAGAACAUGUGCAUUCGCGACAGCGUCAUUGCCCACAGCGAGUAUAUCCUGCCCUGGUAUAGAUCCGUUAUUUGGGCUUGUGCCUUGGAGGAGGAUCUGGACUACCUGCCGGACGGUGACAAGACCAUGGUCGGUAGCGGUGGUGGCCUCAUCAGUGGUGGCCAGAAACAGCGCGUUGCCCUGGCAAGAGCAAUCUACUCCCGCGCACCAAUCAUUAUCCUCGAUGAUGUGCUCAGCGCUUUGGACUCUGACACGGCUCAGACUAUUCUCUCUCGCCUGCUUGGCGACGAUGGCCUGCUGACACAAACCGGUACGACUGUCAUCAUGACGACCAACAUUCGUGAGCAUCUCCCCCUCGCGCACGCGGUCUACGCUCUGGAUGGCAAGGGCAAUGUAACGGAGACGGUCAACAACGCACCCGACCUUAUCCGAAAGGACUACUUAAUAAGCAGUUCCCAGGCUCAAGCUUCCAAGGAAGCUGAGCCCUUUGUUCCCAAGCCGGAACCAGAGCCUACAAAGGAUCAGGCAUACCAACGCCAGCGCGGUGACUUUUCACUGUACAUGUACUAUUUCCGGUCUAGCGGUGUUGGGUUGAUUAUUGUUUGGGUUUUUUCCAUCUCAUUUGCUGCCGUUAUCAAAGCCUUGCCUCAGAUUUAUGCCAGCUUGUGGAUGGACGAAGAUCCCCAAAAUACCAAGUGGUUCUACGGCUAUGCAGCCUUGGCCAUUGGAACUGCCAUUACUCUUGCUAUCAGCUUGUUCUUUUACUAUUUCAAAGUCGUGCCUAAGUCGUCGCGUGUUCUGCACAAGGGGCUGUUGCAGACAACGAUGAAGGCCCAGCUUCCGUUCAUCACCAAGACGGAAAGCGGUGUUCUCGUCAGCAAAUUCUCUCAAGAUGUUGGCUUCUUGUCACAACAACUUCCCCAGCAUUUUCUCGAGUUUACCUACACCGCGGUUGCCUGUCUGGUCAGCAUUGGAGUCAUUGUUUCUGGAGCUACCUACUCGGCUCUGGCGGUACCUGCGUUGCUCAUUUUCCUCUGGCAAAUGCAAAGAUUCUACCUACGCACAUCUCGACAAAUUCGCCACAUGGACCUCGAGGCCAAGUCACCACUAUACACCCUCUUCCAGGAUGUAGGCGACGGCAUCAUGCAUAUCAGGGCGUUCCAGUGGGAGACAGAUAUCAAGUGGCAGGGGUACGGCCUGCUGGACUAUUCGCAGCGUCCGUACUACCACAUGUACGCCAUCCAGCGCUGGCUCGCGCUCGUCAUGGAUUUGACAGUGGCUGGCAUCGCCAUGCUCCUGAUUGGCCUCGCCGUUAACUUGCCGGACAAGACCAGCGGCGGUGCCAUUGGUCUGUCCCUGGUAACCCUGAUCAACUUGAGCGAGAGCAUGUCGUAUCUCGUCACCGAUUGGUCUAACCUGGAAACCUCCCUGGGUGCCAUGGCGCGUGUGCGAGAGUUCAACAAGACGACGCCGCUUGAACCCGAGCCUGUUCUCAAGCCCGGGGAGCAGCUUCCAGAUAACUGGCCGUCGCUGGGCCGCGUUGAUCUCACCAGCGUCACGGCCAAAUACGACCCGCUCGACAUGGCGGCUCGGCCGGUGCUGAAGAACAUGUCGCUUAUUGUCCAGCCCCGGGAAAAGGUUGCUAUUAUUGGACGUACUGGUAGUGGCAAGUCGUCCUUACUUCUUGCACUUCUCAGCUUCCUGGACUACAGUGGCACUAUCCGGAUCGACGGACGCGACGUGCGGACCAUUCCGCCGGACCUGUUACGCGCCCGCAUCGUUACCGUGUCGCAGGACGACGUGGAGCUUGCAUCAUCGAUCCGGGUCAACAUGAACCCUUACGAGACAGGCGACGACAGCAGCCGUAUCAGCGACGGUAUGAUGAUUGACUACCUGACGCGUGUCAAGCUGUGGCCACUGAUCCAGGCGCACGGCGGACUCGACGCGCAGCUGCGCGAUCUGGAGUUCUCCAAAGGUCAGAAGCAGCUGCUGUGCAUUGCACGCGCGAUGCUCCGCCGUCAGCACACGUCGGCGAGUCUGGUCCUGGUGGACGAGGCGACAAGCAACGUGGACGAGGAGACGGAUGAGGAGAUUCAGGCAGAGAUUGCGGCGGCAUUUGAGGACUGUACGGUGCUGACGGUGACGCACAGGAUGAGUGCGGUGCAUCACGCCGAUGUUAUUGUAGAAUUGGAGAAUGGAAAUCUAAAUAGGGUCAUUACACGUCGCGCGCCGCGCGAUGAUGAGGAGUUUUGA